UAUGUAGGGUGUGCAGGAAAAUGUUAAUAGAAAAAAGUUAUAAAUAGAACUGUCGCGCAUAAAAAACAACACAGUGGAAAGUUUUAUCCAAUCGUUUAGUUCUGCCUGAAACCCAAACCCGUCCCACAAGCCAGCAACAUGUCGAAACUCAUCCGUUGGGGAAUCGCUUCUGCCGGAAAGAUCAGCGAGGACUUUGUCAUCGCCCUGAGCACCCUGCCCUCCAGCGACCACAAGGUCCAGGCUGUAGCUGCCCGAUCUCUGGAUCGUGCCCAGGAGUUCGCCACCAAGCACGGAGUCCCCAAGGCCCUCGGAAGCUACGAGGAACUGGCCAAGAGCACCGAUGUCGAUGUGGUCUACAUUGGCACAUUGAACCCUCAGCACUACGAGGUGGCUGUGCUGAUGCUGAACAAUGGCAAGCAUGUGCUCUGCGAGAAGCCUCUGGCCAUGAACAAGAAGCAGGUGGAGGGCAUCCUGGCUGCUGCCAAGGCCAACAAGCGCUUCUUCAUGGAGGCCGUGUGGUCCCGGUUCUUCCCCUCCUACCAGCGAGUCAAGGAGCUCAUCACCAGCGGACAGCUUGGACAGGUCAAGGAUGUUGAGGUCAACUUUGGCUUCCCCUUGGAGCAUGUGGAUCGCCUGCAGAAACGCGAGUUGGGCGGUGGCGUGGUCUAUGAUCUGGGCAUCUACACCAUCCAGGUUUCGCAGUGGGCCUUCCAGGAGAAGCCCGAGAAGAUCGAGUCCAAGGGAUCCUUGAAUGCCGAGGGCGUCGACGACGAUGUGAGCGCCACUUUGACCUACAGUGGCGGACGCACUGCCCGCAUGCGCGUCUCCGCCAAGGAGAAGCUGUCCAACACCGCCGUGAUCAAGGGCACCAAAGGAGAAGUCACCCUGAUUGACUUCUGGACGCCCAACAAGCUGAUCGACAUCGAUGGUCAGGUGAAGGAGUGGGUGCCGCCCAAGGGCAAGCACCAGACAAACUACCAAAACUCCGAGGCCAUGAGGUACGAGGCGGAGGCAGUGCGUCAGUCCAUCCUGGCUGGCGAAGUUGAAAACAAGGGCGUCACCUACGCCGACAGUUUGCUCUUCGCCGAGAUCGAGGACACCAUCCGCAAGCAGAUCGGUGUGCUCAACAAGUUCGACGAGGAGUAAAAUAGAUUUUAUAGCUAAACAUAACAUAAAGUAAUAAACAAGGUUUUUAAAAAACGAUA